GACAUGUGUAUUAUACAUAUUUGCAUAACUGUAUAAGCCCUUUUAAGCCUGUUUUACACUGUCCAAUUUGCAUGUGGUGCAGUGUUCAUGGCAAUGGGUAGUAAAAGACAUAUGCCACCAGAGGAAAUGCGUUUGAGGUAGUAAUGCAACUGUUUUGCAGUGUGACCCAGUAGGAAGAAUAUUCAUUGUGCUGUUAAAAUUUGUAGUCAGUGUAUGAACUUGCGUUUUUGUAUAGUUUAACUUCAUGGAUUUUUAGUGUCCUGGAUGACCCUUUAUGUUGUGGAAAAAUUGGCAGUGUGGUUUGUAAAUUAGGCCAACUCGUGUAUAAAGAUUUCAUUGUCUUGUCUAACAAUAGCACAGAAUAUGUGCCAAACUCAUGCGUUAGAGAAGACCAGAAUAAUUUAGCUCUGUGGUAAAACUUCUAAAUGGAGGCCAUAAAUACCCACAGCAGGAGGGCUGGGUCAGAGGUGAAGACAUAGAGAGAUAGUAGCUUCAUUUGGUUCACUUGGCCGUACAUAGGUCUGUUUGUUAUUUGAGUGUGAUAGAAAUGAUUCAAUCCCUACUCAUUAGUAAUCCUAACCUGGCACAUCUCUGUGAAAUCAUGUCCGUUAUAAACUUCAAUGACUAUAUGUAUUGGAACUCCAUUAAAUUAUUUGAUAAACUAUGAUCAGGUAAAAUAAGUUAAUAUUAAAUUCACAAUUCUGGAGUAUAUUUCAGGUGAUUUCAAUGUGAACUUAAUUUAAUAAGUAAAUGCACCAUAGUUACUGAAGAAAAAGGAUGUACAGCAUUGGCCAAUAACAAAACCAUUCACAAUUGCUUUUGUGAUUCACCUGGUUUUUAUUGGUAUUAGGUGUAUAGUAUAAUACUACCAUCAGGGGUAAUGCAGGGGUAAUGAGAAAUCUGUCAUGUAAUUGAGUUGGUCCAAACCAUGAAACAUUCAUGCCCCAUCGGGUAUUCAAUUAACCCUAACGUUAGGAGGUGAUUUUGGCAUCCUCUGUUUCUUUACAUGUUAUGGAACUAAACAGUUGGCUUCCAUAUGGCAUAAGCAAAUCAUGUGAUAAUCAGUGCAUGAAAGUCCAUAAUUUACUUGUCUAAACCAAGGUUACUCGUGAAAUUGAACCUCAUUAUUCACUGGAAAUAUUCUUGACUGCUGUGUUAUACACCAAUUAAUCAUUCCUUCCUUACCCUCUUCUUUAGGACUAUCAUACUACAUGUAGCUAGUGCAAUCUUUUGUGAAGCUUUCUACAAUAUGGCCUAUCCAUAAGAGAGCGUGUGAACGUGACUUGCCUGUGCCAUGGCCCAGAAGAAGGUGGAUAUUAACUUUGCUGGGGUGGAGGAUUUGGAACGCUUGGCUGGUAUAGGACGUGCAAAGGCUGAAGCAAUCAUUGACACGAGAAAGAGAUUGGGUGGUUUUGGGGGAAUCCCAGACCUACGUAAGGUGCCUGGUAUAGGUCAGAGUGUAUUGGACCAGAACAAAGCCACCCUAGCCUGUAGCCCUAUCCCAUCCACUUCCUCUCGACGCACUUCUCGCAGGUCAGACAGAGAGACAAGGCGAAGUGGUGGAAAAGUCAGUACCCGUCAGUCUACAGGGAGUUCUGUGGCUCAACUAGAGACCCCCAAGUACCGGGGUGAUGGGUCAUUAAAUAAAGGUAAGACUCCAUUAUCCCGGCUUACUUGUGAGCGGGCAACACGGUCAUCCUGGGAAAGCUCCAAUGGCUCUGUGAAAACAGUCACCCCUGAGGCAUCAAACUAUGAGGAGUCCUGUGAGGACCGAGGUUUGGGGAUGGGAGUGUGUGAAUCUGACCAGGAGGGUGAUGACGAUGAACCCUUUGCGGGCGCAGCAGAAGACACCUUGGAAGGCGAUGUGUCUAGUACAGAGGAGGAAGGGGAGGGGGUUCCCGACGGGGCAGACACGCCCCUGGCUGAUAUGGAGAUGGACUUCUCUGAUCAGGGCUCCUCCGUGAGCUCUGAUUGGUUCCCAGGGGGAGGCUCCUCUCACAUAGCCCUCCCUUCUAGAAUACCUAUACCCAUCCAGAGGAGGCGACGUACUAUUGGUGCUUGUCUGAUGAAACGAAAAAGUGAUAGGACAGAUAUGAAAGGAAUAUCUCCUGGCAAAAAAAUGCGUCGCCCAGCUGGGAGCUUAAGCGGGUACAUUUCCCACAUGGCCGAGAGCAGUAUUAAGGAGAUGGUGGAGCAUCAUAGCUUAGCCGACGCUUGCCGACGGAAAAUUCCCUCCAAGGAGAACCCUCCCCCAGGGCUGGCCAACUGGCUCAAGACAUUUCAUAACUGGAGUAAUGCCGAGAGGUUGAUGGCCUUAGACGAACUAAUUACUAUCUGUUUACCAACACAAGUCCGGCAUAUGAUGCACAUUAUAGAACCACAAUUCCAACGAGAUUUUAUUUCUUUACUACCCAAAGAGCUGGCACUGUAUGUGCUGUCUUUUCUGGAGCCCAAAGAUUUACUGAAGGCUGCUCAAACGUGUCGGUACUGGAGGAUCCUGGCCGAAGACAAGUUACUGUGGAGGGAGAAGUGUAGAGAGGAGAGUAUAGACGAGGGGUUAGUGUACGGCUACAGGCCUCUCCGUCGCUCCAUGACACCUGGCUGCUCGAAAGCUAACUGGAAGGCCCUCUACAUGAGACAGCAUCAGAUAGAACAAAACUGGAGGACGGGAGAGCUGCGUCCUUCUAAGGUCUUAAAAGGUCAUGAUGACCAUGUGAUAACUUGUUUAGAAUUCUGUGGUAAUAGGAUCGUCAGUGGUUCAGACGACAACACGCUCAAAGUCUGGUCUGUCACUACUGGCAAGUGUCUAAGGACACUUGUAGGUCACACGGGAGGGGUCUGGUCUUCACAGAUGGCAGGGAGUAAUAUAAUCAGUGGUUCAACGGACAGAACACUGAAGGUGUGGAACGCUGAGACUGGUCAGUGUAUCCACACUCUGUAUGGGCACACCUCCACUGUGCGCUGCAUGCACCUUCACAACAACAAGGUUGUAAGUGGUUCAAGGGAUGCAACUCUUCGGUUAUGGGACAUAGAGUCUGGUCAGUGUCUACAUGUGUUGAUGGGCCAUGUGGCAGCCGUGCGGUGUGUCCAGUAUGAUGGACGGCGGGUGGUCAGCGGGGCAUAUGAUUACAUGGUGAAGGUCUGGGACCCCGAGACAGAGACCUGUCUACAUACUUUACAGGGCCAUACUAACCGAGUCUACUCUCUACAGUUUGACGGAAGUCACAUCGUGAGUGGGUCUCUGGACACGUCAAUCCGCGUGUGGGACGUGGAGUCUGGGAACUGUCUGCACACCCUGAUAGGUCACCAGUCUCUGACCAGUGGUAUGGAGCUUAAGGACAACAUCCUGGUGUCAGGGAAUGCAGACUCCACGGUUAAGGUGUGGGACAUCCGCACAGGGCAGUGUCUACAGACUUUACAAGGACCAAAUAAACACCAAAGUGCUGUUACGUGUCUUCAGUUUAAUAAACGCUUUGUGAUAACAUCGUCUGAUGAUGGGACGGUGAAAAUUUGGGAUCUGAAGAAUGGGGAAUUUUUACGUAACUUGGUGUCAUUGGAUAGCGGCGGGAGCGGUGGAGUGGUAUGGAGGGUGCGGUGCUGUAAUACUAAACUGGUGUGCGCUGUGGGAAGUCGUAAUGGCACUGAGGAGACCAAACUUUUAGUAUUAGACUUUGACAGUGAGGAACGCAAGGUGUGACACUGCCUCUCUGAGUAUUUUGUGGUGAGUUUGUGUACUUGUGUGCAUGUGUUUUCCUGAAGCAGUGUUUUGGUGUGGGGUUUGAAUGUUUACAGUUGACAGUGACAUUUGCUGCUUCCUAGUGGGAGAAAUUACGCCUUUAAAUAUCUCUGCCAACAUUUUGUGUUUUCUUUAACUAAGAGCGUACUGACUCACAGUGAGUCAUGGAGGAGACAGAUCUGGUGUGCCGAUUUAGUUUAGAAAGGGUUAGAUGUUCGUAACCCAGCAAAUAUAUUUUUUCUCUACAACAUGCUACUUGUCACAGCUUGAGAUUAUAAGGGGAAAAGCAGUCUUUGUAUUUCAUACAUCAGCUGAUAGCCUUGUUUUUACUGUGAUCUUGAAUAAUCAGAAAAAUACACAGAUAAUACACAGAAAGAUUGAGUGCAAGGAGAAUUAAUCAGCCAUAUUUGUAUAUGUAUUUCUAAUUGGCAUCCAGUACCAUAUGACACUGGGCAACGACACAUCGUACUACUCAGGCAAUUCACUUCAGCAUCUUAUCUCAGUUAUACAUAUAACUGUUGGUAUCUGUACAGUUCGCUGUAAAUUCAUUUACAUAUAUCAUGUUUUCUUACCUGUCAGAUAUCUCAAGUUAAAUCUGCUGCAUAUCUUUUGGCAAACAGUCAGUCAGGUGAUUCAUAUGUGUUCUCCCAAAGGUCAACAAAAGGGAUCCUGUUUAUGGUUUUAAUAUUGUGUGGCUGAAUAGGUAAUGUUACUACACACAGUUCCAAGUGCAAUAUACUGUUUUCUCUAAACAUGUCUGGCAUUGCUGUAAAGUUUACAAAGUGUUUUAAGGAAUUAUGAGAGUUUGCUGUCAGUGUUUUGAGAUAUUCAUUGCACUACACUGUGAAGUGGCAUAAUUGUAACAGUGAAAACACAAUCAGUAUUACCUCAGCUGUGUUAUUCAGGCUUUCACCUGUCUAAAAAUUUGAGUUUUGAGCAAUAGUGUAAUCUGGACCAUGUUCAGUAAAAGGCUGAAUGAUGAAUACUUGAACAAAAGUUAAAAUUGUAUCAAGUGAACAUUUGGUUAACUGAGGGAAUGUAAUAUCAAUCAUUAACAGGAAUGGUAUUCCAUUGCUACUGAAUGGCGUCUGAUACCCUACUGAUUUAUUCUUGCAAGUGUUAUCAUGGUCCAACUUCUGUCAGUGAAAUUUCUUAAUUGAAGUAUUUCUUUAUGGUUUGUAAGCCGGGAAAUCUUAUACAUUAACUUAUUGACUCUAGAGGAAGUGCUAUUGCUUGUUUUAACCAGUUUCUGGCUCUUUGUGGACUGGGGAAGGGUGAUAUCUGUAGUUACAUUUCAUGUAAAGAUUUAAGGUGUUGUUAAAAAUCUGUUGUAUUUAAAGCAAGAAAAACAUGUUUUUAUGUUGUUCUUUCAGUUCUGUGGUGAAUUCUUUGAUUCUAGUUUUUUUGUUAUUUUUUUUCCCUGCCUUUUAUUGUUUUAAUGUUCAAAAGUUCCUGUUAUAGUUUAAGUUGAAUGUGCACAAUUUAAUCCAACUUUUUUAGUUUAAAAUUUAAUUUUGUUUUAUUAUAAAAGACAGUAAGUAUUCUCAAAUAUUGCUUUUUGCAAAAUGUCUUUUUUUUUUUCAUUUUUUAAAAGUGCACGUUUUAUACUUAAGAAAAAAAACACAAAGUUACCCUAAGGAUCUGCAUACCUAUUUUUCAUCCUUGAGAAAAUUUUCUUAUCAAUAAUUCUUAAAUCUACAUGUUGUUGACAUAAUGUUGAUUGUAGUAACAUUGCAAGUUCAAGAAAAAUUUAGCCAUAUUCGCUAAACUGAUCUUUGCUUUCUAUCUUAUUGUGUUUGUCAGAUUUAAGUAUUAAUUUAUCACUAAUGUCAUCGUGAUCAUUGUGAUGGGCCAUGUAUACUGCUUUGUACGUAAAGUGAAAAGAGGAUGAAGUCUACUUGUGAAAGCAGCCUUUCAUCUUGGUGCCAUUUCACUAAGUGCACAUAUUUGUACAUGUAAGUACUGAGCUCCUGUACAUGUGAAGAGGCUGGACAAUGGCCAAAAAGAAAUGUAUUCACUGUCAAGACUUCUUAGAAUAUGGAAUUCAUUACUUGACCCUGACUGAUAUAAGUGUUCUUAUUUAUAAAGUAGGUCUCUGUAUAUAGCAAUGAAUGUUUAAAACAUAUGGUGAAGUCCAUGCAUCAUCGAAAAGUAGAUUGUUGCCUGAUGAGUGUGACAGCUUCACCAUUGAUUAACCAGGAUAUGAUUAACAAUGAAAAUAGGUUUUCAAGACAUUAGUUACACAAUUAUGCAAAUCCAGCCACACUAUACAUGACCAAUAGCAUCAAGGUUCCCAACACACACCAGAACAUUGUCAAGGUACUGUGUGUAUGAUACAUCCCUCCCUCGGUGUGAAAGGAAAACCAUGUAUGUCAUUGAGGUUUUUUAAGGCAUCUCAUUUUUACCUUCAGAGCAGCAUUUACUAGCAGACAUAACUACACAUUAUGUGAUGACGCCUGUGUUUAUUGUAAAUUAUUGUAUAUAAUUCAGUACUCCUGUAUGGAAUGUAGUAUAUGUAAAGUCAGUAUCGCACAGUGGGGAAUGGGACAUCCACCUCCAAACACGUUUGUACCUGUCAGGGGAGCUAAAUCUUGGGCUGGUGUCAUGUAUUCAGAGUAGCAGGCCCUAUUUACCUGCCAUCAUUAUUCUUUGUUUCCUUCAACAUAAUGGAGGAAAAUUUGUACAUUCAAAUGAAUGAACAUGUUCGGAGUUAUUUUUAUAUAUGCGCCGAUUUGUGGAUAAAAUAUAACAAACUUACAACACUGAGAUAUUUUGUUGUUCUGUUUUAAGUGUGAAUUUGGAAGAACUGAGUUUUAUUGUUUUGAAUAUUGUGAAAGGACUUGUUCGAACGUGUAUACAUGUGCACAAAUGCUGAAGUCUAUUGUCUUGCAUGUUGUGAAUGUGGAAGGACUUAGCCAAACCUGUAACACAAGAUGUACACAAGUGCUGAAUUUUGCC